AUGGGCGACGGCCUACCUUCCAGUUUUGAUGCCAUUGUCGUUGGCACUGGCUUAACAGAAAGUAUUGUCGCCGCUGCUCUAUCUCGGAUCGGCAAAUCAGUCUUACAUAUAGACAGGAACGCCUACUACGGAAGUCGCUGGUCGUCUUUUAGUCUUCGCAGCCUACAGAACUGGGCCGAGACUUUAGGAUUUGGUGAGAAUCUCCAACAGGUGGAAGGUAACAGUACUGAAGAGAAGCAGCAGCAGCAACAACAACAACAAAAAAGUCCACCAGUUGACACCAACAGCCUUCUCCAAGACGGAGAGGCUUCUUUGACGAUUCCCAGAUCGGACGAAGGAGUCUCCAACGUCCAUCUGUCUUACAACCACAUUUUUAAAGGUGGUGGGAACGACGACAAAACUUGUGAAAAUGGUACUGUCGAAUGCCAAGUUACGUCCAAACCAGCUGAAGGGGCCCAAGAUGGGGAAGAACCCUCCGAGUGCCCCGAACAGCAGCAGCAGCAGCAGCAGCAGUCGGGAAAUGAUAAUGAAGGUAAAGAGGAAAAAAGCCCACACGCGGAAUGCCCAGCGGAUACGGAGGAGGCGGCGACCAAAGACAGAGUACUCGAAAUCGACGAUCAACUUACUGCUGCUUCUGCUCCUGAAAACAAAAAAAGCACCCCAGAGCACGACACCAACAAAAGACCAGAAGACCAAAAAGUAGAUGAGGAGAGUUUGCAACAAAAAACAGGGCAGAGCCACCCCAAAAGAUGGACUGUUGAUGAAUUUGAAAAGCAGUGGAGACGUUUCAACUUUGAUUUGGCACCACGAGUGUUAUACAGCAGUGGUGAUAUGGUACGAUUACUAAUACAGUCGGACAUCUCUCGAUAUUGUGAGUUCAAGUUGGUAUCUCGCAUUCUUACUAUUCAUGAUGAUCAAGUGCAGUGUGUUCCAUGUUCGAGGGCACAUGUAUUCAACUCCAAAGCUGUAACGAUGCUUGACAAAAGAAUGAUGAUGAAAUUUGUUAAAAUAUGUCUUGGAGAAGAAACGGAUGAUUUGAUCGAGGAGUAUGCUGACAAACCUUUCACUGAAUACCUCAGUAAGAAAUUCUCUCCAAUUGUUAAACACUACAUCUACAAAGCGAUAACAAUGACCAAAGAAAAUACUAGCACAACAGAGGGUAUUGCAUUAGCUAAAAAAUUCUUUUCAUCAGUUGGCCAUUAUGGAAACCUUCCCUUCAUAACCCCUAUUUAUGGGGUUGGAGAGCUUCCACAAGCCUUCAGUCGGAUGUGUGCUGUCUGGGGAGGUAUUUACUGUCUGAACUUGUCUGUGGAUUCAAUUCUCACUAAUAAUGAUAAAGUCACUGGAAUUAUUACAAAUGAAGGACAGAGAAUAGAAUGGGAAGAAAAUAAAACCGAGGAGACAUCGACAAAAGAAGAUGAUUCUAAAGAUGAUGAUAAAUCAUCUGCAGAGGGAAACAUUGCUUCUGGAGAUGAAAAGUCUGCUGAAGUAAAUGUGGAAGGAGUUGAGCCAGACUUGGCAAAGCUGAAGCUGGAUGAAGAUGAAAAGAAAUCCGAUGACUGA